AUGGUGACAACCAACCUAGAUCCGGCAACCUUUGACCGAACAGAUUUCUUUCCACCACACGAGGGAGAGAAUGUCCUUCCUCAUGAUCUGCUGUUUCACAGGCUGUACUUUUUGGCCCUCAAUCAAAACACGACAGCAGUGAGGGACCCUCACAACAAUCAUGAGAUCAGCUACCACCAGCUUUUUAGCGAUGUCGUGGCGGCCAGAAACCUCAUUCGCCAGCAGCUUACGGCUAAAUCGACGGAGAUGAUUCGGAGGGGAGAUGAGAUAUGUGUGCUCGUUGUCGCAAGAGGUUACGAGUUUGUCGUUGCGUUCUUUGCUGUGAUGUGCCUAGGGGCCAUCGUUGUGCCUCAAAGUGAGCUCUUCAAGUCACCUUCCAUCAUGGAUCUUACGGCAGAAGCUAACAGUGCACAAGGUCCUCACAUCUCUUUCGAGGAACUCAUCCAUGCGGCCAAAACCUCACGCGCACAUGCCACGGUGUGUUCUGCACGCCAUGAGGACCUGUGCCGAAGUAUUACUGGUAGCCCGGGCGUUGAAAACGAUUACCGCGUUGUGCUUGUGGAUAGCUGUAUCAAGACCACGCCCACAGACCUGCGCUCAUUGGUCUUUUCUUCCGGCAAAGCACCUGACCCAAACAAGCCAGGUCUCAUCAUCUUCACUUCCGGCAGUACGGGUCGACCCAAGGGAGCAGCCAUGAGGAGAUACAAUGUCAUUGCGAUUGCUCUAGCCGCAGGGUGGCGGAAUAACAUCGGACCCGGUUUCACCAGUCUCCAAAGCCUCCCUACGCACCAUGCCACGGGUCUGAUGGUCAACACAGUCCCGACCCUUGUAGGGGGUGGCUGUGUGGAGUUUACGAGCGCCAAACUGGACAUACCGGGUCUCUGGGAUCGGAUCCGGCGUGGAAACAUCACGUCGUUCUCCGCCGUGCCGACGGUUUUCAUCCGCCUCCUGCAGCACUGGGACAACGUCCUCAUGAAACUUGAUGUUGAAGAAAGAGAAGAAUACCGCCGAGCACUCUGUAGCAUCGACCAGCUUCAUUGUGGGUCUGCGGCGUUGCCUGUCCAUGCGUCUCGAAAAUGGGCUACGCUGUGUGACGGGCGUCACAUCCUGGAAAGAUACGGCGGAACGGAAUUCGGCAACCCUUUCUCAAACCUGAAGGGAAUGACGUUCGUCCCAGGCUCGGUCGGGAUCAAGAAUCCGGGGACAGAAUCAUAUCUCGAAGGAGGCGAUCAAGGAGAGGUCCACGUCCGCUCUCCAUUCAUGUUUUCAAAAUACAUCAACGACAUCGAAGGGACCAGGAAAGCUCUUACGGAUGACGGAUUCUUCAAGACUGGGGACAUUGCGGAGAGAGUGGGAGACCUCUAUUUCCUGAAAGGGCGCAGUUCUGUGGACAUCAUCAAGUCAGGCGGGUACAAGAUCUCGGCCAUUGAUAUUGAGCGCGAGAUCUUGGAGCAUCCGAAGGUUCAGGAAGUAAUCGUGGUCGGUGUCGAUGAUGCAGAGCUUGGUCAGCGGAUAGCAACGGCCGUGGUUUUGAAAGAGGGGCAGCAAUCACUCUCGUUGGUGGAUCUACGAGAUUUCUUGAAGGACAGACUGUCAUAUUACAAACUCCCCACGGUUCUUCGCGUAGUGCCCGAGUUGAAGAAGACCAACACCUUCAAGUUCGACGGCAACUUUGGCAUCGCGGCGGGCAUUGCCGAGAUGUUGAUCCAGAGCCACGAAGACGGCUACGUUGAUCUCCUCCCUUGCUUACCGCGCGACUGGGAGGACGUCGGACGUGUCACAGGGGUUUGUGCCCGCGGCGGCAUCGUGGUGGAUAUGGAAUGGAAGAAGGGACAGCUCGUCUCGGCACGCUUCACUGGCAGGCGCAAGAUACAGUUGGUCGCGUGCAUUGACUGGAAGAGAUUGGAGAAUGGGUCCGGUCAGACUCCUCUUCAGCUGGGUAAAGGCAAGAGCAAGAUUCUCACAGGCUCUUGGCCCAGUUAG